GGUUGCAAUCACACAGUAAUAUUUACAAGCAAAUUUUUAUAGUGAACAGAUCGGACCAGGUAAUUAUCAAAAUGAAUUCCAUAGACUACUCAAUGAAUUCCAAAGUCAUUGACAAAGUUUCACCUGAAACUAUGCAAAAUUUGUGUCGAACAUGUCUUAAGGAAUUAAACCAAAAACAAAAGUCUAAAAUACUUAGCUUAAGUGCGCAAAUACGGCAGUGGCUGGAAGAUGUUAACAUAGAGAAUUCCGACGCUUAUGAUUUCUACCCAAAUAGUAUCUGUUUGACUUGUAGAAAUAAACUUAAUAAAUUUUGGGAAUUUCAAGAAAUGUUUAGACAAUCAACCAAAACUUUACAACAAAUAUUGGCAAGAGGUGACUUCAAAUUUUAUGAAGAAAAUACUAUAAAGGUGGAGGAUCCUGGUUAUCAAAAGAAUAUUGAAACUGAAGUGAAAACGGAGUCUACUUUAGACAUUACAGAUAUGGAAGAGCCUUUAAUAAGUUGUGAAAGUUUAAAGAGCAUAGAAGAAAGUAAUGAUUUAGAAGAUAACUCGAAUAUUGAAGAUUAUUAUGAGAAAUCUGAUGACCAAAGUGAUUUUGGGAGUAGUCACUCAACUAAAAAUUAUUCAGAAGUGACCAAGGUAAAAAGACAAAAGUAUAAAUAUAUAUUUCGUUGUAAAGAGUGCGAAUGUUUAUGUAUGAGCCAGCAAACUCUGGACAUUCAUAUGCGUAUCCACUAUGGUUUAAAACCAUAUAAGUGCCCUAAAUGUGAAGAGUCUUUUGACAAAUCUACGUUCAUGCUUAAACACCUCUAUGAACUACACAAUGAAACAAAAUUAAACAUCAUUUGCGAAUAUAAGGAAUGCGGUAAUCAAUUUUCAAGUUACCGCAGCUAUAAGAAUCACUAUAGAGAGUUUCACAUAUCGCAGCAAACGUCUAAACGCCACGUUUGUGAAGAAUGUGGCAAAACCUACGCGAAAAUGCAAAUCUUUAAGGAACAUCUAUAUACUCACGGACCCAAAGAACUCUAUCCGUUUCAAUGUGCCGAAUGUGAUAAGGCGUUUGCUAAACAAACAGCCUUCGAUGAACAUAAAUUUCGAGUGCCCACAUUGCGGAGCUAAAAAAACGACUAAAAAAGAAUUAAGAAAUCACAUGAACUAUCAUUCCAAGGAACGACCAUAUCCCUGCCCUCACUGCUCCAUGAUAUUUUAUAGAUCAACCAAUCGUCGUGUUGAUAUUAAUGUUGUACAUCAGGGUAUAAGACGAUUUUCUUGCCAUUAUUGCGAUAAAACAUUUGGCAAGGGUGACAAUUUGAAAAAACACGAAUUGCUGCAUACUGGAGAAAAACCACAUGAAUGUACGAAGUGUGGUAAAGCAUUUGUACAAAAGGUUUCAUUAAUAUUGCACAUGAAAACACAUAACAAAUAGGUUUGGAUUUCGAGAUAUUAAACUUUAAAUGGCAAAAUCGGAAAAACUUGAGAUAAAUAUUGACAUUGCGUGAUAUGUUUCCGGACAGAAAUGCCAGUCGAAUGCCUUAUAAUAGGUACUGAAAAUGAUAUCUCAUUUAAAAUAUUAUGCAUGUUUAAAGUAAAGAAAUAAAAAAAAACUCAACUAUUUUGUAUAGAUUUAUUUUAUAAAUAUUACAUUAUUACAUUACAUUAUAUGACUUUAAAACCCCAUUUGCCAUACAUUUAAGUCAUUCUAAUAAGCACAUAUCCCUACCACAAUGUUCCAUUCCGAUCGAAAGUUUAAUUUAUUCAGAAUUCUGAAUAAAUGAAAUUUUAUUAUGUAAUUUGUUUUAUUUAAAAUAUUUACCAAUAACUUAAUUUUUCUUUUAAUAUAUAAAACUUAAA